GCGUGUCUCCGCCGCUCGAGUCGUGCCCCGGGGCCCGCUCCCCUCCACUCCAGGGGCCGCGCCGCCGCGCUGCCUGCCGGGAGCCGUGGCCAUGGGGCGAGCUGUGGUCUCCGCCGAGUGAGCAGCGGGGGCCCUUCCGGGACGGGCUGGGCUGGAGGUGUCGUGGCCUGGCUCUCAGCAAGGAUGAACAUAGACGUGGAGUUCCACAUCCGCCACAACUACCCUUGGAGCAAGUUGCCGGCCAACGUGCGGCAGAGUCUUGGAAAUUCACAGAGAGAAUAUGAAAAGCAGGUUGUCCUGUACAGUAUCCGCAAUCAGUUACGAUAUAGGAAUAACUUAGUUAAACAUGUCAAGAAAGAGGAACGGAAAUACUAUGAGGAAUUACUAAAGUAUAGUCGAGAUCAUCUCAUGCUAUACCCUUAUCAUUUAUCGGAUAUUAUGGUAAAGGGCCUGAGGAUAACACCAUUUUCUUACUAUACUGGAAUUAUGGAGGACAUUAUGAACAGUGAGAAAAGUUAUGAUUCGUUGCCCAAUUUUACUGCAGCUGACUGUCUGAGACUUCUUGGCAUAGGAAGAAAUCAGUACAUUGAUCUGAUGAAUCAGUGUAGAUCAUCAAAAAAAUUUUUCAGGAGGAAAACAGCACGGGAUCUUCUUCCAUUAAAACCAGUGGAAAUUGCCAUAGAGGCGUGGUGGGUGGUGCAGGCUGGCUAUAUCACAGAAGAUGAUAUAAAGAUAUGCACUUUACCUGAGAAAUGCGCUAUUGAUAAGAUCAUCGAUUCAGGCCCCCAACUCGCUGGAUCACUAGACUACAAUAUAGUACAUAGUUUGUAUAAUAAAGGAUUUAUCUAUCUUGAUGUACCAAUAUCUGAUGACAGCUGUAUAGCAGUUCCUCCUCUUGAAGGCUUUGUAAUGAAUCGAGUACAAGGUGAUUAUUUUGAAACUCUUCUCUAUAAGAUAUUUGUUUCAAUAGAUGAGCACACUAAUGUUGCAGAGCUCGCCAAUGUCCUUGAAAUAGACUUAUCCCUGGUUAAGAAUGCUGUUUCAAUGUAUUGCCGAUUGGGCUUUGCCCAUAAGAAGGGACAAGUAAUAAAUGUGGAGCAGCUUCAUUCAUCAUGGAGGAAUGUUCCAUCUGUAAACAGAUUAAAAAGUACUUUAGACCCACAAAAGAUGUUGCUCUCCUGGGAUGGCGGGGAAAGUAGGAGUCCUGUACAAGAAGUAUCAUCGGCUACAGACACUGACACAAAUAGUCAAGAAGAUCCAGCCGACACAGCCAGCUUAAGCAGCUUGAGUUUGUCCACAGGCUAUACAAAGCGUAUUGCAUUCCUCUUUGAUUCAACUCUUACUGCUUUUUUAAUGAUGGGGAAUCUAUCACCAAACUUGAAAAGUCAUGCCGUCACAAUGUUUGAAGUUGGUAAACUCUCCGACGAAUCUCUGGAUAGCUUUCUGGUAGAACUAGAAAAGGUUCAGAGUACUGGUGAAGGAGAAGCCCAGAGAUACUUUGAUCAUGCCCUUACUUUGAGAAACACAAUACUAUUUCUGCGUCAUAAUAAAGAUCUAGUUGCACAAACUUCACAGCCAGACCAACCUAAUUAUGGUUUUCCUCUGGAUCUCUUACGAUGUGAAAGUCUUUUGGGUUUGGACCCUGCAACUUGCAGCCGAGUUCUAAACAAGAACUACACACUGCUUGUUUCCAUGGCUCCUCUGACCAAUGAAAUCCGGCCCAUCAGCAGCUGUACCCCUCAGCAUAUUGGGCCAGCCAUCCCAGAAAUCAGUUCAGUCUGGUUUAAACUGUACAUUUACCAUAUUACUGGUCAAGGACCGCCAUCUCUUUUACUGUCCAAAGGUACAAGACUUCGAAAACUGCCAGAUAUAUUCCAGGGUUAUGAUCGAUUACUAAUAACAUCUUGGGGACAUGAUCCUGGGGUAGUUCCCACAUCAAAUGUUCUCACCAUGUUGAAUGACGCUUUAACACACUCUGCAGUUUUGAUUCAGGGACAUGGUUUGCAUGGGAUAGGAGAAACUGUCCACAUACCGUUUCCAUUUGAUGAAACUGAACUACAAGGAGAGUUCACUCAUGUCAAUAUGGGUGUGCAUAAGGCAUUGCAAACACUAAGGAGCAAAGUGGACUUACAGCACUUUUGUGGAUAUGUCACCAUGUUGAAUGCUUCUAGCCAGCUUCUGAACAGAAAACUCAGUGACGCUUCGGAUGAGAGAGGAGAACCUGAUUUGGCUUCUGGCUCAGAUGUAAAUGGGAGUACAGAGUCAUUCGAAAUGGUUAUUGAAGAAGUAACUAUAGAUUCAGGCACAAAGCAAAAUUCUGUUGCCACAAUAGAAGAAGAUUGGGUUCCUCUGGAGCUGUGCUUUGGGAUUCCAUUGUUUAGUUCUGAAUUAAAUCGAAGAGUAUGUAAAAAAAUUGCUACACAUGGCCUCUGCAGAAAAGAAAGCCUUCAAGACCUUUUACAUUCCAGUAGAAAACUCUCUUUACAAGUCCUUAACUUUGUUCACUCAUUCCAGGAAGGUGCUUCAACAUUGGAUCUCCACACAGAGGCCAGCUUUUCAAGUUUGCUUUCCCAGUCCUCCUCCUAUGCUGACAUGGGAGUCCCUCUGCCUGCAAAGAACUUAAUUUUUAAAGAUGGCAUCUUAUCAGAAUGGAGUGGACGGUCACCUUCCUUGCGUCUCGUCACAAAUCUCCAUUUGCAAUAAUUCAGUGUCACCGAUCUUUGCCCACACUUCCUGCCUUUUUUCUUUUUUAACAUUUAUUUUGAGUGGCAGCCACUGACUGAAAAGGCACCCCGUGGCAGCAGUACGGGGCCUAAGCGACUGAUAUAAAUGCUGGUGGGAAAAUACUUCUGAACAUGCCUCGUUACUGUACUUCCGAAUGCAACAGAACUUGUGAGCAGUCUGCACUGUAUUUUUUUACCUUGAGACAAUCCGCAUUUCUUUUUUAAAAUGAAGAAUAUACUUUAUAGGCUUUAUGAUGACUGUUAA